AUCCAAACGAAUGUAGCGACCCCUGCAAUCACAAAUCGCGCCAAGGGCUCGCUCGUGUCUGGCCAGCAGAUAUUUCAUUCGUGUUCCGAGCCCUCGUCGACUUCGAGUUCAAAUCGACAAUUCCGACGGUGCGGUUCGUUCGCGCGGUUCUCCGCCAAAUCAAGCAGUCGCGAUCGCGCUAAUUCCGAGAUCGAAAGGAAAAUCCCGAAAACGGCAAUGUGCAUUAGGAAGAUAUAAUUAAACAACACAAAAACACACAAACGACUACUAGAGCUAACUGGCCCGCAUAUCGACCCAUCGAGUAAAACGAAACGAAAAUUAACAAAACACGUGCUGAAGGUGAAAUUUUGAAGGUGCUAAGUAAGGUACGGAAACAAGUGAAUCCGGGGUUCUCGCACCGGCACCGGAAUGAGAAUCACUUCCGCGAUAAGAAACAACCACAACAUCGGCGUAUCGAAAAAUUUGGGCACCAGCUUUCGUCAAGCUCGUUUGUAAAGUUUUUCGCAGCAUCUUUUACGCGUAACGUACUGCGAAAAGUGGUAAGCAAGUGUGAGUGUUGACGUGUGUUUUUUUUAUUUUUGUUUAGUUGCAUUUGACCUUUUGUUCAAGUUUGCAAGUGUUCCAACAGACGCGCUAGUGAUUGGCGAGCGAGUGAACGCGCGUAUACUACAGCGCUUGCCUAGCAGGUGUAAACAGUGACAGUUUCAUGCAGUGGAAAGCAAUGCACAAUCGCGUAACAGUGUCACGAUGAUGCGUGUCAGUAGCAAUUCCAGGCUAAUAGCCACCAGUCACUCCAAUCCCGGCCGCAGUAUGGGUUCGGGCGAUGCGUCCCCGGCCGACGAUGACAUACUGCUUGCUGUGGGCUUCAAACGGACACUACACACACCGGUACCGGCAAAGCAACACACUUACAGUUAUCCACAUCAUCACCAUUACUGCCCACGGAGUGCCCAGAAUAUCCGGAGGGGUUUGCUGCGAGUAUCCAAAUUCCUGUCGUUCCUGUUGUUCCUAGUUAUCUGUGAUAGUCAGACAGUGUCCCGUGCUGCAUUUCGGACGUCCGCCGCCACCAUCGGUCACAUGCCGGGUGCGGAUGUCGACGCUGACAGUAUUAUUAGUGACCGUGACGAUGGUGGUGCCGAUGGAGCGUCCACUUCCGGCGCGGCCAUCAACCACACCAAGCUGCAGGAGAUCGUGCUGGAAGGACUCGGUCUCAGUGCCCUGCCCGACGUUCGCAUGAUGAACAUCAGCCAGCAGGAGUACGAAACCAAGUAUGCUGAAUAUUUGGACCGUGUCAAUCGUCGCCGUUCCCUAACCCAAAACACGGAGGACGACGGCUGGUAUGAAGAGCGCCAUCUCUUCAGCUUUCCAGGCACAGAUCAUGCACUAAACCAUCGAAAACUGCGCCGCAAGCGAUCACUGAACAAUGACUUCGAUCUCGUCUAUAUCCGGUUCGAUAUACCGACGAGAAACGCUAGUACGGGCGAAAUGACGGGCUUUCAGUCGCCCUCACUGUACCACGAUCCAAGGGCCCCCGGGACGGAUGGUGAGGACGAGGAUGGCAGUGAGCCGACUGUCGUCGAUAACCCUACCAAUGCCCUCGAACAGACGGUGCAUCAUGCGGGACUACGGGGGCAUCGGCAGUCCCUGUCCGAGCUGCCGCCCAUCUCGCCCGAGAACAUCGAAGAGUCAUCGUUAAACAUCAUGCUAACCAGAAGACAAAACAGCGCACGCAGCACAAACGCGCACAGUAAACAACAACAUCACGCUCAGCAGCCACAGUCCCAGCAGCAGGCGCAUCAGGUUCAACAGUCGACGGCUCCACAGUCUCCCGCACAGCUCCACCAACAUCAGCUGCAGGCUCAUGGCCAUCGGCGAAAGGGGCGGGUACGAUUCAAGCAACAUCAGCACCACCACUACCAACAGCAGCACCAACAGCAGCAGCAUCCUCAUCCACAUCAGGCUGGCCGCACGGUGACGAUACACGUGUACCAGCUAGUGGAACCGUACGAACGCCACUUCCUAACAUCCAAGACGGUAGCCGUACAGGAAAUUCCCCCCAAUGGGAGCCGCUGGUAUCAACUACCGCUGGAGGAAGCUGUCCGCACCUGGCUGGAUGGAUCACGCAAAAACCUUGGUCUGGAGCUAUAUUGCGAAGGUUGCCACGCGCACGAUGUCCACAUUGUGCACGAUUCUUCGCCCUACUUCCGGAGCUACGAUGAAACGCCCGUACUGAAUGUGGUCGGCCGAUUAGUACAGCGGGAAAAACGCUCCAAAAUGCAACGCUAUCGGCCCCAGAUGCGGGAUUACCUAUCGCCACCGAAAACGACCGCCUGUACGGCGGGCAAUAAGCGUUGCUGUCGGCAUCCACUGUUGGUCGAUUUUCGCGACAUCGAAGGGUUUGACUUUAUCAUCCAGCCGAAGAUCUUCGAUGCGGGAUUCUGUCGGGGCCGCUGUCCGACCAAGUUUAAUCCGGCAACGCAUCACGCACUGUUGCAGAGUUUGCUGCACGAGCACAUCAAGUACGACGUACCGAAGCCGUGCUGUGCACCGUCCAGUCUCGAUCACAUCGAUGUCCUGCAUGCCGAUCCGAAGAAUCCGCAGCGGCUCAAGGUAUCCACGUGGCACAAUAUGCGCGUACUCGAGUGUGCCUGUUCGUGAUGGAAUGGUACCGAACGCGCACGAACGGCAUUUAUCUCCAAUGUAAACAAAAGUAUUAUCCCACUGUCGUGGCUGUAGUGCGACAGUGGCACCAAGGAUGUAUCAACAUGGCGGCUAGCUUUAUGCUCCAAUCGUGUGGCAACUACUAAUACUACUAUUUCAACCACUAGAGCGAUGAAGGUUCACUCGAACGUUGUGGAGCUGUUGUGUAUGUGUUUUUUUUUUAUUUUGUAAAUUUCCCGCCACCUUUUACAUCUCCGUAAUUCUGCACUGCAACUGUUGCACGUGCUCCAGAUUCAAUGCGACAAACAGAGGAAGAAAACAAAAAACACAGAUUUAAAACGGGUUCCAUACUGUAUGACACUAGCGCAGAACUAGAAUGACGGAGGGAGAGAGAGAGAAUGAGAUAAUAUAUAUAUUUAGAUGUAGGUGUAUUCGUUUAGAAAAGUGCAUACGCACCGAUUUAGGCGCAGCAGCAGCGCAGAAUGAGUUGGUUUUUGGGGCAAACAGUAGUACCAACCGAAGCCAACAAAGCCAUCGUGUGACAGAGCAUGCACAGAGUGUUUUAAUUUUAUUUAUUUAUUUAUUCGUACGCGCGGGAUGCAUUCAAGCAAUUCGACGGGUACAAAAUAAUUCACUCGGUCCUGGUACUCCAGUGUUUUGUAAAUAUAUAAAUGUAUGUAUGAAUGUA